AUGAAAACUAUCGCACACUGCAAACGAAAGUCGCAGAACUACACUCGGAUAUCUACACAGAACAGUGGAACAAGAGGCCUCCCAAUUGUGUAUCACAAUAAUUACGCGUGUAAUCUCCUGCCAAACCACAGAUAUCCCAUGGGGAUGUUUCCAAGUGUGCUACAUUUCCUCAUUAAAGAUCAAGUCGCAACAGACGAACAGGUAUGGACACCUAAUUUAGCUUCAGAAGCGCUACUUGCCAGUGUGCACACAAAGGAGUACCUGGAUAACUUUAUAAACGUGAAGAUCGAAGAAAAUGAUCAGUAGAGGGCUGGUUUUCCCUGGAUUGACGGCACUGCGCACUGCUGUCGAUAUGCAUCAGGUGUGUGCACAGGUGUCAAUCGUCUAAUGGGGGUUUGCUCUUUUGUCACAUCACGGGGAGAUGGCACAGCCUACAUUUUCAGAGAGGAGCCAGAUGUUUUCACCUUCUCUGUGCAUUGUGGGAACAGCAGUGACCUUGACGUUACCGUGAAAGAGGCGGUGGAGGAUAAAGAGUAUCUUGCUGCGGAUUCAUAGCCGGUUGAGACUCACUUGCCCUGGAUGCUGAAGAGUUUCCGGCCAGAUUUAGCGCCCUCUGACGCAAGUGUCGAUCGUCACCGGGAAGAUGAACAUGGGAGACUUUGCCUAACAAGGUAAAGUCUGUUAAAGGCUUCGUGGAUACAUUUCGUGAUGUUCAAAUUAGUUGUAAAGAGUGGCACACCAGCUGCUACAGUGAUUGGGGGAGGGUACUCCAGAGAUAUUGACGGUCUGGCAAUCAGGCACUCCAUAGUGCAUAGUCCACAGGCUGCAACACAGGCUGACUGCGGACAGUGCGGCAGUUACACCACUAUCCAGCGCAGGCUGACUGUGGACAGUGCAGCCAGCCUGGUGCACGAGUUGCUGCUGUGCAAUGGGGUGGGGGACCCCCAUGGAUUUUAA